UUUUUCAAACUCUCAUUAAUAAUAUCUUAAUUCACUUAUACUGAUAGAAAGAGAAAAAUGGUGGUCAUGGGGCCAGGUACCACUGGUGGGGCCAAGAGCCUAACCCUCCAAAUAAUCACCGGACGGUGGUUCUUGGUUUUCGCCUCUCUUCUCAUAAUGUCGGCCGCCGGAGCUACCUACAUGUUCGGCCUGUACUCAGGAGAAAUCAAAGAGGUUCUCGGCUACGACCAAACGACAAUUACUUUGCUGUCGUUCUUCAAAGAUCUCGGAGGCAACUUCGGUGUCCUCUCUGGUCUGCUCAACGAGGUGACGCCGCCGUGGGUGGUUCUCUUAGUCGGUGCUAUUCUCAACUUGUUCGGCUACGUCAUGAUAUGGCUCUCCGUGGCCAAGAAAAUCCCCACCCCGAAGGUCUGGCAGAUAUGUCUCUACAUAUGUCUAGGAGCCAACUCACAGUCCUUCGCCAACACCGGCUCCCUAGUCACGGUGGUCAAGAACUUCCCGGAGUCACGCGGCGCCGUUUUGGGUCUUCUCAAGGGCUACGUCGGUCUGAGUGGAGCUAUAAUAACUCAGCUCUACCUAGCCUUAUAUGGAGACGAUAAAAAGUCCUUGAUUCUCCUCAUCGCCUGGCUUCCAACCGCUGUUUCUUUGGUUUUCCUCCGAACCAUUCGAAUCAUGAAAGUCAUACCACAACCAAACCAGCUCAAAGUGUUCUACAAUAUUCUCUAUAUCUCUCUCGGGCUCGCCGGGUUUCUCAUGGUCAUGAUUAUUGUACAGAAAAGAGUUUUGUUCACUCGACCCGAGUUCGCAGCCAGCGCCGGAAUGGUCAUUUUCUUACUCUUUCUUCCACUUGCACUUGUUAUUCUAGAAGAAUAUAAGCUCUGGAAGUCCAAGAAAGUAGUCGACGUUAGCUAUGUUGAGGCUGCCACCAUCGAAAACAAGCAAAACCCUACACUUCCUCUGCCACCGUCGUUACCGGAAAAGAACCCAGUUUCAGAAUCCAAACCAGUAGUCGAAAGCGAGUCGAGCCAACCCUCAUGCUGGACAACCGCAUUCAAGCCGCCAGUGAGAGGAGACGACUUCACAAUCUUACAAGCUGUUUUCAGUACCGACAUGCUGAUUCUGUUCAUCUCCUACAUCUGCGGAGUCGGGGGGACCUUGACGGCCAUCGACAACCUCGGGCAGAUCGGGACUGCACUCGGGUACCCGAAACGGAGCAUAAGCACGUUCAUCUCACUCGUCAGCAUAUGGAAUUAUCUCGGCCGAGUCGUGGCGGGUUUCUACUCAGAAUACUUGUUGACUCGUUACAAGGUCCCUCGUCCGGUCAUGUUGACUUCGAUCCUCCUGCUCUCUUGCGUUGGUCAUCUCUUGAUAGCUUUCAACGUCAAAAAUGGUCUUUACUUGGCCACUAUAAUAAUCGGGUUCUGUUUCGGAGCCAAAUGGCCAUUACUCUACGCCAUAAUAUCGGAGCUUUUCGGGCUCAAAUACUACGCGACGUUGCACAAUCUCGGCGCGAUCGCGAGUCCCAUAGGGUUGUAUCUCAUAAAUGUGAGGGUGGCAGGUCAUUUGUACGAUAAGGAAGCGAUGAGGCAAAUGGCAGCCAAGGGACUUGUACGGAAAGAGAAUGAACAGUUGGUUUGCAAUGGAAUCAAGUGUUUUCAGAUGUCGUUUAUUGUAAUUACGGCUGUCACACUCUUUGGGGCGUUUGUUUCGCUGAUUUUGGUGAUUAGAACAUUCAAGUUUUACAAGAGUGACAUUUACAAGAAGUUCAGGGAGGUUGCCAAGGCCAACGAGGCCGAAAUGGCUUUGGCCGAAAGUGGCGUAGCAAUUGGUGAAGUCAAUAGAAAUGGAGAUCAUCGUAAUAAGCAAGAGAAGUAGAGUGAAAUCAUCAUCAUCAGUUGAUGCUUUUUUUUUUAUUAUCAUUAAAUUUUUGGUUUAGUUCAACGUUUGGAUAAACCAAAAGGGUUAAUGAUCGAUGUGUAAUGAGAUCAUCAUGGAAAUCAUUGGACGACAAAUAUGUACUUGUUUCAGUUGAGUGUUUGGGUAAGAAAGUUUCGUUAAAUGAUAAUGUGUAUUAACUCA